AUGGCUCUCAAUCUCCACAAAGACCGUCUCUCCGCGGACGAACUCGACCUCAAGGACCCUUAUAUCACCGGGUCCCUUGGUUUUUUCGUCAUCCACAACGUGAUACGCCGUAAUCUCAUCACCUGUGCCGAACACAUGCGGAAUCUCUCCGUGGCCGAGAUCGAACCCUAUAUCACAUACGCCAAAUAUACGCUCCACGUUACGCUCGACCAGAUCAUUUCGUCCGACGAACUCUGGUUCCCCAUGUUCGCCGAUCAUGAUAACCGGUUUACGCCCUACAUCGUCGCGCAUGAGCAGCCUAGGGCGCAGAUCGUCGGUCUACGUGAACUCCUGUCCAGUUUUGACCCAUCCAGCGGGUCCAUCGACGACAGCAUCAGAGCGCAGGUAGCGGACGGAUUUACAGACUUGUAUAAUACUCUCAAUAAGCAGUUCGGCGAGGAGGAAGUUUUGGUCAACGAGCUUGGACGCCAGGUCCCGCUGGAGAAGAUUCAAGCUCUGCAGAAGAAGCAGGAGGAGCGGCGCAAGGCAGACGUCAAGACAUACGGACAUCUAUGGACUGCGGUGUAUUUACUGCGAAGCUUGGAGCCUAAGGAGAGAGCGAUCUUCCCGCCGGGAGUUCCCAAGUUUAUUGCGACUGGGAUGUUGACUGCCGGGGGGAUGCAGCACAAACGAGAACUGCAGUUUGCACCCAAGGUUUGA